GAAAGACAGUUGAAAGUUACUAUGUGUAACUGAAUAUUGUAUAUUACCAAUGCAGUAUACAAGUACGAAUUUAACCUCAGAAAAUAUUACUACAAUGCUGCUACCUGAUAACAACUUCUUCGUUUAAAUUAAAUUAUUGGCAGAGCAUACCAGGAAGUUGGGUAUGAUGACACACAACAAUGUUCCAAGGGACGUGGUUAAAAAGUAAUAUUUCUUACACUUCCCUCUAGCAGUGAGUGAACGUGAAGCUAGAAAGCACAACACAAAGGCUGCAACAAGGAGAACUUCUAUACAGGAAAAAUUGUGUAUCCGUACAGCAACCAUUUCCAGUUAAAGAAGCAUGAGUAGGAUGUCUGAAGGGAUGGGUUUGAUGGUCCAUAGUGUCCUGUUGCUGCUAGCCUCAAGUGUUGUAUCUGACACGGAGGUGGUGAAUGGAACACUUGGGAAUUUUAUUUAUUUUACUGAAUCUUUCUCAAAUACGGGACUUGUAUUAAAUUGGUAUUUUAAAGGCAUCCCGAUAGCAGGAUAUUCCCCUCCUCUGCCUCCAGCAUGUAUUCCCGAUUAUGCAGGAAGAUGUCAGCUGUAUGACAAUGGAACUCUGAGACUGGAUAAUCUGAUAUCUGCAGAUGACGGGACUUACCGUUUUACUGCAGUGCAGCCUCCCGUUACAACAGUAAAGGAUGUCUCCUAUGAGCUGAGAGUCUAUCCUUUUCUCAAUGCUCCUGUCCUCACUGGAAAUGUUACUUCUAAUAAUCUCAUUGGUGGCUCCUAUGUGUCUCUCCAUUGUAAUGCCAGUGGCCAGACUGUCACUACGUACACCUUUGACCGUGAUGGGAAAAACAUCUGCUCUGAGCCCCAUGUGACCUGCCAGGAUUCCUACCUCUACUUCCAACCAAUCACAGGGAGCAACAGUGGAAGUUACACCUGCACCAUCCGAAACCCUGUCAGCACCAACACCAGCCGAAACCUCAUACAGCUAAAUGUAUCAGAUCCGGUCUCUGACGUGAAAUUAAUCAGCAAUAUACCAGGAGUGGUCUGGCCAGGUUUAGAUUUGGUGUCUCUUAACUGUUCAGCUAGAGGUACAGGUGUAACUUACUCCUGGAGCCUACAGGGGGCACCACUGCCCUCGGACUCUCGAUACCACUUCACUGAGAACUACAGAGUGCUAACAAUCAGCCCCGUCACUGCUAAUGACACUGGAACCUUCACCUGUAGAGCCUCCAACUGGAUAAACAACCAGACCAGCAAUGGAAUAAAUCUUGCACUGGGCUCAUUGAUCUCGGUGGUGACACUUACCGGUAACACACCAGGAUCAUACAUCUGGGUUGGAGAGGACUCCGUGUCUUUAAAUUGCUCAGCUGAUGGAUCGGAAGUCCAGUUCCUCUGGAAACUGAAUGGAGAGCCAUUACCCCCGGGUUCUCAAUAUCAGAUAUCACAAGGUGGUUCUCCUCCACACUCCAAUCUCCUCAUCAGCCCCGUCUCUAAAAAUGAUGCUGGACCUUUCACCUGUGAAGCAUCUAAUCGGCUCAACAGCAAGACAAGCAAUGCCCUGAACCUCAGCUUGAACUGGACUCCGGAAGGAAACAUUGCUUGCACCGCUCUGCCUGAUGGACAGGAUAUUAAACUUGGCUGUUCCUGGUCAGGAGGACAUCCAGAAGCUAAUGUGUCCCUGAUCUUUAAUGGAAUAACAGAGAAUGGAACAAACAGUGUAAACGUUACAUCCAUAGGUGAUAAUUUCCAAGUAUCAGAUCUCACCUGCCAUGGAGACCAACUGGGAAGAAAAUCUCAGUGUACAGUGAGAAUAGGACCUCCAUUGGCACUAGAAGAUGACAACAACGCCACCAUUGAUACAGUAGUGGGGGGGACUCUAAACCUGACAGUGACCCUGAAACCUGGACUGCCAGCAAAAUUCUAUUGGAAACAUACCCUCUUUAGCCAAAGCAAGAAAUCAAUCCAAAGCCGGGAAUCCUCAGUGAGCAGCACGGAUUUUAGUUCUAGUUACGUGAUCCGAGACUUGACUGUGAAUGAUGCUGGAAAAUAUGAAUGCAUAGCCGAGAAUGCAAUUGGAACUCAGAGCUUCCUCUUCACUGUCAGUGUGACUGAAAAUGUUGCUCCUAAGGAUGGCUUGAGUGGUGGUGCAAUAGCUGGUAUUGUUAUCGGGGUUUUGGCCGGUGUUACUUUAAUUGGAAUUGCUGUGUUCUUCAUUGUGAAAAAAACAGAUAUUGGGCGUAACAAAAGAGUAACUGAACCUGAAUUCCCCAUAGAAACACAAGGAAAUCAAACGUAUGUAAAUGUUCCUGAACAACACAUCUAUGAAACAACUUUGCCAGGCACUAAG